AUGUCCGCCGGGUCAGCCAAGAGCCUGGACAAGGGGAGCGCGCCCCCGGGGCCGGUCCCCCAGGGCCUGAUCCGCGUCUACAGCAUGAGGUUCUGCCCGUUCGCCCAGAGGACGCGCCUCGUCCUGCAGGCCAAGGGGAUCAGGCACGAAGUCAUCAACAUCAACCUGAAAAAUAAGCCCGAGUGGUUCUUUAAGAAGAAUCCCGCUGGCCUGGUGCCAGUUCUGGAAAACAACCAGGGCCAACUGAUCUGCGAAUCUGCCAUCACUUGUGAGUACCUGGAUGAAGCAUAUCCAGAGAAGAGGCUGCUGCCAGCUGACCCCUAUGAGAAAGCGUGCCAAAAGAUGGUCUUUGAGUUAUUUUCUAAGGUGCCACCUUUAGUUGGAAGGUUUAUAAGAAGCAAAACUAAGGAAGACCGCUCUGGCAUAAAAGAAGAAUUUCGCCAAGAAUUCAGCAAGCUUGAGGAGGUCCUGACCAAUAAGAAGACAACCUUCUUUGGUGGCAAUUCAAUUUCUAUGAUUGAUUACCUCAUCUGGCCCUGGUUUGAACGGUUGGAAGCACUGGAGUUAAAUGAGUGUAUAGACCACACUCCGAAACUUAAGCUCUGGGUGGCAGCUAUGCGGAAAGAUCCCACAGUGUCAGCCCUCCUCACUGAUGGGAAGACCUUUCAAGGUUUCUUAAAUCUCUACGUGCAGAACAGCGUGGAGGCCUGUGACUACGGGCUCUGA